UUAGCGCAGCAGCAUGUCAUCGGCGCGCUAACUUGGUUUGCAUAGUGUCAACGUUUAUAAAUUACUAGCCCUUCUAAUAACAGCAUAGUGAAAUUUUCACUUCAAAACUAUAACCACUUUGAACAUAAAAUAUACUGAACUGGCGAAGUUGUUCGUUGCAACUAAAAAUUGUUAAAGUUUCUGACACAAAUCCAAUUCGGACUUUUGCGCAAAGUGUUGACCAACGAAUUGUGGUUUUGAUAGCGGCAAAGUUUUCAGUGACUUGUGACGAAGAGUGAGCUACAUAUUUAUUAACUAUUUAUGUGACAUUGACAAGAAAGUUAGUUAGUUUUGUGGUUCAUAGAAAUGUUUGCGCUUGGCAUGGACAUGCAUCGUGGCCAUCGUCAUCGUCAUCAGCAUAGUCGACGGCAAUAUUUCAUGCUCCUCUUAUCGCUGCUCGCGCUAGUUUUCAGUUUUGUAUGCUUGCCAGUGAGCGCACAAGAGUACGAAUAUAAUACUUAUAGACAUAUUAGCAAAGUGCGUCAAAAGCAGCUUGAAAAUCUUGCCACACGUCUACAUGCAUCCAUCAACCACAACAGAUUGCCAUGCGAGAGCUUCUACGAUUAUGUUUGUAGUUACAACAAUCCACUCUUCACGGUUUUGGGCCACUUACCCGAAUUCGCCGAGCUAAUGAAGCUGCUCACCGAACUGCAGCAAGAUCCCGAGCAAUUCGAUGCUAAGCAAAAGAUGAUGGACUUUUUUAUUUCCUGCAACUCUAAAAAAGCAAUCGAAGACUGCUAUCGCGAGACAUUUGAGUACUUCAAACCACUCUUCGGCUAUAUAAUAAGCAAAAAUCACAUAAGCCCCAACUCCGUGGAACACCAUAACUUCCUAAAUUUACUCGAGAAUUUUCUCUACAAAGCAGCGCAAACUCACAACUUCAUGCAUCAUCCCAUUCGUCAUCGCCUACUCACGCUGAGGGAGAAAUUCCGACUUCCACACAUCUAUUUUCGACCACACGAGCUGAGUCAUGAGUACGAGUCGUUGCGUGUCUAUCGUGAAAGUUACAAGCACAAUGUACGCAAUUUGGAGCUGCAUCGCCGCCGCAACUCCACCUACGAGUUGGGCGUUGAACGCACCAUGCUGGACUGGACGCUUUAUCUCUAUCAGAGUCGCAACAUGCCCAUGUCCUACUACUACCCAACACUGAAUGUACACUUGUGGAUGACACUGUACAACACGACCGAGCGCGAUCGUGAGCCGAAGCGUGUACACGAGUUGGCUGAGUGCCUCAAGUUGCCGCCGUACGUGCACGUCUUGGAUGAGGCUCGCGUCUUGGCUGUUGUCUAUCUGAAGGCAUUUCAAAAUGCUUGGGUGGAUUACAGCGACUGGACUAAGCCUGAUCGAGCAAGCAUAAAUAAUGAAGUCUACGAUAGUGAGAAUAGAAUACUUGGCGCAUAUGAUUUGGAUAAUAAGAAAGUCUUCUUCAUAUUAUAUGCACAGAACUUUUGUGAGUUUGGCAAGGAACUGGCUGAGAAUAUAUUCUACCUGGGUAUGAAGCAAAAUCGUGAUUUCGCCGAUAGUUUCGACUGCGUAUUCUCGCGUGAGCCACGAAUGCCGUGUUAUGUGUGAUAUGCGAGAGCUUACGCUGAGUUUAAGUAAGAAAAAGAGCAAUGUUUAAACACUUAAUCAAAUUAACCAACAUUUUCAAAGUGCGAGUGUUUUUAAUACAAAAAAAUUAUAAUCUGAACUAAAGUUUUCUUUUACCAUAAAAGUCGAGCAACUCCUGCAACCCUGGUGCAUAGUUUUGAGAUAAAGGAACCUUGCAAUUUUUUACCGCCUUCGAAGGACAACCAGUUUUUAAUGCGGCACCUUUUUACGUCUGAAAUAACUAGACUCAAAGUUUUACGUUUGACUGCAGAGGGCGGAUCGCUGUAAAAAUUCCUUUCCGAAUUCUCCGGUUUCUUGGCUCUUACCCGGCUAAGUCUUAUGUAUAUGAGCGCAUUAUUAAGUGAAAAAUUUGUUGUUGAAUAUCACCCCUCGGCAUUCAAGAACCUCUAGAAUUUAGUUCUGAAUUCAAUAAGCCUUCCUCAAAAUGAUAAAGUUCCAAGGGCACAUUAGUAAGCUAUUUACCUAGAAUUUGACUGUACAGUGCAAUGUGAAUGCCAGAUUUAAAUUUACCGAUGGUAUAAAACACUUGGCUAAAGUUGUCCUGCCAAUGCAACAAGGUUAAAAAUAUGGAAACCACUAUUAUAUAUAAGACGCAGAGAAAUGGUGGAAUGUUAUAUCCUGCCAAAUAGUACCUCUUGCAAUAGAUCUUCUUGCUUCAUAUAACAUAUAAGAGAUAAAAGUCUUAACGUACCUAGUGCUAAUGGUGAUCUAGUUUCUUCCAAAAAAUAUAGCCAUCUCCCGGUGCAAAAUGUGUUUGCUGUUACACUCAGCUUGGUAAAAAGGCAUGUUUUUGCCUUCUUGUCCUUGUCUAGCUCAUGCAUUUAAUAGAUAAUAUUGUCGUU